AUGAGCAUGCACGAGCCCAGCCUCAUCCACAUCCUCGUGGCCCAGCUCCCACCCGAGCUGAUGGACACGGUGGCCACCCUCUCCGACCAAGCGCGUUUGGACGCCGAGGCGUUCGUGUCGGAGAUGGUGCGCGAGCUCUUCCCCUUCAGCGGCUACCUGGCGGAGCACCUAUCCGCCAUGCUCGAUUUCGAGCAGGCCGACCUGCCCCACCUUCCCCAUCGCAUCAAGGCGCGGCUAAACCGGUUCGUCCGGCUGGCGGCGAGGUGGGAGCGGGCGUCCUACAUCCCCACGUGGCUACUGCGGGACCGGGCCCUCGCGGCGAACUCCGAGGCGUACCGCUGCCGCUUCAGGGACGUAGCGCGCGACAGACCCCUGCUACGCGUCGUCACGGAGCUCCACGGGAGCAGCGGGCGCGUGGGGGCGCCGGUCUUCGCGGCAGCAGAGGACCUCCGUGUGGCCCAGGACGAGCCCGAAGAGGGCGAGGCCCCGCCGGGCCCCUGCUGUGGGGUCUGUGAUGGUGCGCACUACGCGAAGGCCUGCCCAUUCCGGGAGCACGCCUGCUUCAAUUGCGGCCAGAAGGGUCACCUCCGCCGCAAGUGCAGGGUGCAGUUCCUGCCGGAUGUCUACGGACACCCCGCCCACCGCGUCGAGACUGCCCGCAACGGAUGGUUCCACGUCAGAGUAGGCGGGGACCGGACCAAGGGCGACCGCUUGGACACCGCUAAGCGGGUGGUGGACAUGGAGCACGUGGCGUGGAAGCAGGCGCGGGAGCGCCAGGCGGCGCAACGGCAGGGCGGGAAGGGCGUCGGAUUGGCGACCCUGGAGCCGGCGGCGCCCCCCGGAGGGACCGCCGACACGCGACUGGACCGCCUCGAGGAGCAGCUAGGCCAGCUCGUGGCGGCGCUGGCGGCAAAUAACCCCCCGGAGCGGGGGGUGGGUUACGGCAGCCCGGACGAUGCCGCAAACCCCCAUUUUGGGUGA